CAGAUGUCCUCUCUCAUGAGUUGGAGUGUCGCUACCGCAACUCUCACUGUCUUACUCGUAUCACGUUUGGUCAAGUAUUGGGAUGAUAAGAAGAAAUGGGAUAUCUCCCGGGACUGAGGUCGUUGUUUACCCCCAUCUCGCCCUUCGGAGCGCUGCUCCCUACGGUGAGAUGGAAUCCAGGUCUGAGCUGGCAGUGGCGAUGGAGAAAUACUGUAUACGAGCGUGCAGGCGUAGAAACAAUCUCAGUUCUGGCUUAUCUCUUCGGCCGUCCCUCGAUCUACACCUGCUCCAUAGAAGUUGCCAAACAAGUUGUCGCUACGAAGGGGCAAUUCGAGAAACCAUUGGAUACGUCUCAAAUUGUUCUCCUUUGGGGGCCUAAUAUAUUCGCUGCAAACGGGGAGGUGUGGCGGAGGCACCGCAGCAUCAUGGCUCCUUCCUUCACCGCAAACACGUAUUCCUAUGUUUGGAAUGAAACUCUUCGAGCAUUCCGAGAGAUUGAUGCGUAUGAAUGGGAGGGAAAGGAUGAGAUCAUGCUUCCUGCAGUGAACGAUAUCACAAACAAGUUCGCGCUGGUUAUCAUAUCCAGGUGUGGGUUCGGAAACCCUUUGCCCUGGAAGGAGCUCACGAGUGCGAGUGGAGAGAUGACCUUUGCUGAGGCGCUCAUGAUUGUGUCGAACUCUUCAAUCAUACGUCUCGUAACUCCUCGGUGGAUGUAUGGGCUCCCAAUCAGAAGACUACACGAAGUCGAAACAGCAUACACUACUUUUGGGCGCUUUAUCAAAUCGUUGAUACAUACUCGUCGGCAGGAAUUAUCUGACGGUAUCAUCAAGGGUGACGAAACCUUUCAAGACGUCUUCAGGCGUAUGCUUGAAGCAAGUGAAACAGAAGGGAGGCUGGCCAUGACAGACGACGAACUGGCCGGAAACACCUUUCUCAUGAUGUUCGCUGGACAUGAGACCACCGCGCGCACACUCGAUGCGACCAUCGGCUUUCUGGCUCUAUAUCAGGACAUACAGGAAGAAGUAUACCAAGAGAUCGUCAAUGCAGUCACUGUGGACCCCGAGCUUAACUUCACCAGCAUGUCUAGCCUCGUAAAGGUUCAAGCCUGUUUUCUUGAGGCAGCUAGACUCUUUCCUGCUGGCUUUAUGAUGAUACGAGACACCACCGAGGACCUUGUUUUGACGACCACGAAUAAGCAAGGCGAAGAAAUCCCACUACCACUCAGCAAAGGCACUCGUUUGGUGAUAGAUGUUGUAGGCAUGCAUUACAAUCCUCGCCACUUCCCAGAUCCAGAAGAAUUUCGUCCACACAGAUGGUAUAACGCGAAGGAGAACGAUAUGUCCAUGUUCUCAUUCGGUCCUCGCGCAUGCAUUGGACGGCGCUUUGCGCUUACAGAGGCGGUCUGCUUCUUAGCUCAACUUCUACGGGAGUGGAAGGUGGAUGUUGUUCUCAAUAAAGGAGAGUCUCGUGCUCAAUGGAGAAAGCGAGUGAUGACGGAGGUAACAACGAUGAGCCUGGGUGUGGGACCUGUUCCGGUAAAACUCAUACGUCGCGCGAGGGAGUAG